AUGGGUUCCACGAGUCCGGACAGUCAUGUCGACGUCCUCAUCGUUGGAGCUGGUCCAGCAGGGAUGAUGGCGAACAUGCAUCUCUCAGAGCUGGGAAUCUCGCAUCGUAUCAUCGACCACCGUGGCACAAGGACUCUCAAUGGCCGAGCGGACGGCUUCCAUGUCCCAACCGUGGAAAUCUGGGAUAGCUUUGGCAUCUAUGAUCGUAUAGAAAAGUAUAGCGAACGAUUCGGGCAAUGGGGCUUGUGGACGUUUGGCGAAGACGCCGCAGCAGGGAUCUACCGUCAACAUCUGGGAUCCAUACCCGGGCAUGAAAAUCUGAGACUACCAAAGAUAGGCACUAUGCACCAAGGCAUGAUCGAGGCGGGCCUUGGUGAUGGGGUGAGAGCAAGAGGUGGACCAGUUGUUGAGCGAGGUACGAAACCUGUUGAACUGACGAUCGACGAGAGCCUGGUGAACGAUCCUACCAAUUACCCAAUCAUUAUGAAGGUCCACCAUGUCCUUAAGUCGGAGCUUCCUGAUGCUUGGACUGGGGCCCAUAGCGUUCAGGAGGAUGGUACCUUGAAGCCGGAAAAGGGAUUCGUUGAAGCGUUUGGGACCGAUCCACAUGAGAUUGAAAACCAUGUCGAUGGGACAGAAGGCACCACAGAGACUAUUCACGCGAAAUAUGUCAUUGGAGUCGACGGAGCGCAUUCGUGGGUACGACGACAGCUUCCAGAUCUCAAGAUGGAAGGCGAAAAUUCCGACCAGGUCUUUGGCGUCGUUGACAUCCAACCCAUAACAAACUUCCCGGAUAUACGAAGAACAUGCAGUCUCCUCUCCCACGCUGGCUUCCUCCUCCUGAUCCCCCGCGAGAACGGGCUAGUCAGGCUCUACGUGCAGUUCCCAGAAGGCUACAAGACUUCCGAUGUCAAAGACAGGAACAAUGAGAAAGCGACAGUCUCUGACAUCCUAAAAGCAGCAAAUGAAAUACUCUAUCCGUAUACUAUAGGCUACAAGUACUGCGACUGGUGGACGAUCUACCGCGUGGGUCAGAGAGUCUGCAAUAAAGCAUCUCAUCUCGACAGGAUCUUCUUAGCUGGGGAUGCUACACACGCACACUCCCCCAAAGGCGGCCAAGGCAUGAACGUUUCCCAGCAAGACACCUACAACCUAACUUGGAAACUGGCCGGCGUCCUCCGCAACCAACUCUCCCCCUCCGUCCUCAAAACCUACGACCAAGAACGCCUCCCCAUCGCACGCAAUCUCAUCGAACUCGACAACGACAUGGCCAAAGUCCUCCUCGCCCGAGCGAACCGGGACGAAGCGGAAGUCCAGCGGGUCUAUAAGCGACUCAGCAAGUUCAGUGGCCCGAUUUCGACGUACAAAUCGAAUUUGGUCAUUGGGGAGGAUGGAAAAGGGGCGAGGCAAGAUGCAGCUACUGGGCUUCCGAUCGGUCUCAGAUUCCCGGAUACGGCUACGGUGUACAGUCAAGCAGAUGGGGAUCCGACCUCGACGCUAUCUCUGCUGAAGUCGAAUGGGUUGUGGAGAGUACUUGUCUUUGCUGGGCAUUUAGCCGACAAAGCCCAGCUCGCCAAAGUGGACGCCAUGGGCGAGAGGUUGAAAGCUUUACAGCAGAGAUACCCUCCCGCGUCGGCGAGGAGGGAGGAUUUCCUUGAGAUCCUCCUCUUCCACUCCUCCCCGAUCUCCGCCGUCGAAUUCUCAGACUUCCACCAUACUUUCUUCCCGGUGCACGAGACUCUGGGCAGGAACUACUUUACGAUUUACGGCGACUCUGGCGGCGUUAAGGAGGCAGACAAGACGACGGGGAGUCACGGAGUCUACGGGAUCGGUGAGAAGAAGGGUGCUCUGAUUGUUGUCAGGCCGGAUCAGGUCACUGCGUGGGUUGGGGAGUUGGACGAUGUAGACCAGAUGGAGGAAUGGUUUGCCAGUUUCAUGAUUGCGAAAGAUGAGGCGAAGAGGAGGGAUUCUGGGAGGGAAGGAGGGACUAAAAUAUAA